AGCGACGCGGUGACGCCACAAAAAUGGCGGACGCUAGAGAGCGCCGUUCCUGACUCUAAUAUACUUAGACACUUGAAGCCACAAAAGGAUUUAUCCCCGAGGUUCCUCGUGUGCUCGCGAGGAUGCCUUUUCUCUUCUGCCUUGCGAAAUAACAGUAGCCUAGCUGGUGCCCGUGACCAGGGAGGAAGGCAGCGUCGCGGACUGAUUACGUUUCACCCAAAGGGUGCCGGCGCCGAAUUGGUUUCUAACGAGAACUUUUAAAAUGAUCCAUUCCAAGAAAGGGUAGGAGCCGUGAGACCCUCCAACUGCCCAGGGAAAACAAGUCUCGUCUGGCAAAGUUCUCGGCCCACGCGGUCCGCGGCCAAGGACCAACGGUCCCUCGCCCCACGGUGCCGCAGCACUGCGCGUGCGCGAGCCGCUGUCAAACGUGCUGACGGAGGCCGAGAAGAAAAAAAGGCGGGAGCCGCCAAUCCCGGGUUGAGCAAAAUGGCGCGGGAGAAGGAGAUGCAGGAGUUCACCCGUAGCUUCUUCCGAGGCCGCCCGGACCUCAGCACGCUUACGCAUUCCAUCGUGCGGCGGAGGUACUUGGCUCAGUCGGGCCGCAGCCACCUGGAGCCUGAGGAGAAGCAGACACUGAAGCGGCUGGUGGAGGAGGAGCUGCUGAAGAUGCAGGUGGAGGAAGCCGCUUCCAGGGAAGACAAACUGGACCUUACCAAGAAGGGCAAGAGGCCUCCCACCCCUUGUAGCGACCCGGAGAGAAAAAGGUUCCGCUUCAAUUCAGAGUCGGAGUCCGGCUCUGAAGCCUCCAGCCCAGACUACUUUGGACCCCCAGCAAAGAAUGGGGUGGCAGCAGAAGUCAGCCCAGCCAAAGAGGAGAAUCCAAGGCGACCCUCAAAGGCAGUUGAGGAGAGCAGUGAUGAGGAACGGCAGAGGGACCUGCCCGCACAGAGGGGAGAGGAGAGCAGUGAGGAGGAGGAAAAGGGGGACAAGGGGAAGACUAGGAAGAAGCCUGUGAUAAAGAAGCAGGCACCAGGCAAGGCCUCAGCCAGUAGGAAGCAGGCCAGGGAAGGAAGCGAGGAGAGCGAGGAAGAACCCGUUCAGAGGAUAGCAAAGAAGGUGGAGGGAAAUAAAGGAACUAAAAGCCUGAAGGAAAGUGAACAGGAGAGUGAAGAGGAGAUCCUAGCCGGGAAGAAAGAGCACAGAGAGGAGGAAGCGGGGGAGGAAGAGAAAGAAGAGAAUGAGAAAAAGGAGGAUUGGAAACCCAGAAGCAGGAGCAAUGGCCGGAGAAAGUCAGCUAGGGAGGAGAGGAGCUGUAAGCAGAAAAUCCAGGCAAAGAGGCUCAUGGGAGACUCAGACAGCGAGGAAGAGCAGAAAGAGGCAGCAGGCAGUGGGGAUGACAGUGGGAGAGAUGGAGAACCCCCAGUGCAGAGGAAGAGUGAGGACGGGACCCAGCUUAAGGGUGGGAAGAAGUUGAGUGGAAGCAGUGAGGACGAGGAAGACAGUGGGAAGGGGGAACCCACAACUAAAGGCUCUAGAAAGAUGGCCAGACUGGGCAGCACCAGUGGUGAGGAGAGUGACUUGGAAAGGGAGGUAAGUGACAGCGAGGCGGGGGGAGGCCCCCAGGGGGAGAGGAAGAACCGCUCUUCAAAGAAGAGCUCCAGGAAAGGCAGGACACGAAGCUCCUCUUCCUCCUCAGACGGAAGUCCAGAGGCCAAAAGAGGGAAGGCUGGCUCAGGUCGCCGUGGAGAGGACCACCCAGCUGUGAUGAGGCUGAAGCGCUACAUUCGGGCCUGUGGUGCCCAUCGAAACUACAAGAAGCUGUUGGGCUCCUGUUGCUCACACAAGGAGCGCCUGAGUAUCCUCCGGGCAGAACUGGAAGCCCUAGGCAUGAAGGGUACCCCUUCCCUAGAGAAGUGUCGAGCCCUGAAGGAGCAGAGGGAGGAGGCGGCUGAGGUGGCCUCCUUGGAUGUUGCGAACAUCAUCAGUGGCUCCGGCCGGCCACGCAGACGUACAGCCUGGAACCCUUUAGGAGAAGCAGCACCCCCAGGGGAGCUGUACCGACGGACCCUGGACUCAGAUGAAGAGCGGCCCCGUCCCGCACCCCCGGACUGGUCACAUAUGCGUGGCAUCAUCAGCAGUGAUGGCGAGAGUAACUGAGCUCUACCACCCCCAGGAGGGACCCUUGAUACAUGUACAAAGCAUACAUAGCACCCCUUGCCCUGUGUCUGCGGAACAGAGGCAGCUUCCUUCAGAGAAGACUGCAGCUCCCAAGGACACAAGCUGUUGGGAUGCUACUUCUCAGCUUCACGCUCUCCAUUUAAGGUGUUUGUUUUUUAAGACUCAAUAAAGGAGUGUUUUUAAUCACUUCA